AUGGAGGACGCCGGUGGUGAGAAUGUGGAGGAACAUCUCAAUGCGGUCGAUGAGCAAUACAAGGCCUCACUUCCCGAGCGUAUGGGAGAAGAUCAGGCCCAUCGAGACCCUAGUCGAUGGUGGUUUGCCUCGGCUGCCUUUCCCAUGGUCGCAGGCACACUGGGGCCCGUUGCAAGUGCCUUCAGUAUCUGUGCUCUCGUCCGACCAUGGAGACAAAACUACACCAAAGGAGCCGACAUCGAUACCGCCACCUUCAUCAAAGACCCGGCCUGGCUGAUCGCCAUCAACGCUGUUCAACUUGCCAUUGCGCUAAUCUCCAACCUGGCCUUGCUCCUCAACAUGACCAGGAGGCUCCGGUUCUCCAUCGCCCAACCUGUCACCAUUGUCGGAUGGUACCUCUCAUCCAUAUGUCUGAUAGCGCUCGCAAGUACAACAGCCGGACCGCUGAAACCGGAGACUAACUACUUCAUCUGGUCUCAGGCUUACUUCUACGGCAUCUACGCGGCAGUGUUGUACUUCGUGGUCGCCUCGCUCAUGGUGAUUACCGUCUGGGGGUCCCAAGCCGGGCACUAUGAAAAGGACUUCAUGCUCACCCCCAGUCAGAGGACGCUGAUGUUACAGACCAUCUCCUUCCUUAUCUAUCUCCACCUAGGUGCUCUUAUUUUCUCAAAUACUGAAGGAUGGAACUACCUUGACGGCAUGUACUGGGCGGCCGUUACGCUCUUCACCGUGGGUUUCGGCGACAACAACCCCACCUCCACCCUCGGAAGGGCCCUGCUCUUCCCGUACUCCCUGGUUGGCAUUAUCAGUUUGGGUCUCGUUAUUGGAUCCAUCCGCAGCCUUAUGCUUGAGCGCGGCAAGAGAAGACUUGAUGCACGAAUGGUGGAAAAACUCAGACACCGUGUGCUAAGGAAAAUGGCCAAGCAGGGAAAGGAUGGGAUACUUAGGCCCAUAGGGGAUUCCCCAGAACUGUCUUCCAGCUCAGGUCUGACCGAGUUCGAAAGACGACAAUCCGAAUUUGAGCUGAUGAGAAAGAUCCAAAAGCAGGCGGCUCAUAGGCAUCGCUGGAUUGCUUUGGCUAUCUCUACCAGCACGUGGUUGGUCUUAUGGCUGGUCGGCGCCAAAGUCUUCCAGGUGUGUGAGCGACAGUAUCAAAAUUUGACCUACUUUGACACCUUUUACAUGGCAUAUGUCAGUCUGACGACCAUCGGGUACGGAGACAUCACACCAAUAUCAAACGCCGGAAAGUCCUUUUGGGUCUUCUGGGCACUCCUUGCACUUCCGACCAUGACAGUCUUAAUCUCUAACGCAGGAGAUACCAUUGUCAAAGGCAUCAAAGACGCCACUGACAAAGUGGCCACCAUCACCAUUCUUCCUAGCGAGCGAGGCUUCAGGAGCGAGUUUAAAGCGGUAAUCGGCGCUCUUUCUCAUGGAAAGCUGUUCACCGAGGAUAUCCAGGAGUCUCCACCAGGAAUACUUGGAGACUCACAGCGCCACAGGUACAGCAGCGAGGAUGACGAUGACGAGGGCGAGUUGGCUCAAGACCAAGCCGAUCUUGACGCCGAAGUCGAGGGUAACGCGGAAGGCGGCGGCGGCGGCGAUCGUCGUGAUCGAACCGUACGCUUCGAUGACUCCGCUACUACUACCACUACUACGCCAGGAAAGAGAUCAAACAGCCGGUCAAAGAAGAUGGGAAACACGGAUGACGAGGACCCGUACGAUGAGAACUCCAAGGCAACUUCUCAGCUUCCCAGAAUGACGCGUGCCGUCUCUAUACCACGCCAGGACUUGCCCCAGAUCCCCACGGACCCGGCCGAGUACCACCUCACGCUGAUCGAAGAGAUCGGGCGGGUAACGCAGCACCUCAAGAGCCACCCGCCACGGAAGUACACUUUCCAGGAGUGGGCAUGGUACCUGAGACUCAUCGGGGAGGACGAGAGCGACGCAGCUAAGCACCGUAAGCCUCACACUCAUCUUAGCAGUAAGAGUAAGGAUGAGCUGGAGGAGAAGGAACGGGCGAGGUGGAGCUGGGUCGGUAGCAGGAGUCCGCUGAUGAGCUCCCAGGAGGAGGCCGAGUGGAUCCUGGAACGACUGAUCGAGACGCUGAAUGAUGAGCUCAGAGGGGUCAGGGCCGCAAAGAAGAAAGGUGGGCUGAGGAACCGGAAUGGGUAA